ACGACCUCUGAUCUCGAGAUGCUCCAAUCAUUCGUGACUCGUGUCUUUGUCUUCAUCAUCAUAUAGGCGGGGAUACAUCAGACGCGCAUUUGCGUCUAGGCAAGUCGGUGGUACCAACGAGGAUCAGCGAGCGUCGCUGCAUCCCACCCUCCCGCUCGACCCAGUCGUGCGACAGAAUUUCACUCGACGUCAUUGGCCCACGUCUAUCCCAUAGCCAAGCAUUGAUCCUGCCAGCAUCAUGACAGACGCUUCAUCCUCCGCGUCCUCCUCCAGAUCCCACUAUCCUCUCUAUCAUUCCGACUCUAGGGACUCUGAAUCUCGUCCAUUCCCUUCAGAUCCAUCGUCCUCUCGGCAUAUCAGCCUACGCGAACCUCCUUCACCAGACAUCAUUCCGGCGUCACGACCCACCCUCUCUCAGUUCCGGACGUCUGAAGGCGCCUCGACACGACAGGCCAAGCUGAGGUCUCUGUGGGAGUCCCUUCCCACACUUCCAGCGCUGACCUCGGAUGGUCCGACUGCACUGCAACGGAUGAAACUGCCGGAUCAAGAUACUAUCACUGCCCUCAGCCCGGAACGUGCAGAUCGUUUACGCCAAUUGUAUCAGGAAGAACUUGUCAGACGAGUGAGAGAGAAACGACCUCAAGCACGAUUAUGGGGCGGAGCAGAUGACAUUGAGCCCGAGGUCAGAGAGAAAGGUAUCGCAUGGGCAGAUUUCAGACGGUUUCUGUGGGAUCAAGAAAGAGAUUUGUGGGAGAUUUUCCAAGACCUCGACAGGAAUGGAGACGGUCGACUCGAUGUCAAUGACAUGAGAGCGGCAUUGGCAAAGUCAGGAAUCGAGAUCACACCAGCCACGGCCCAAGACUUGGUCAGCUUUCUCGCCAGCGGGAGCUCAAGCGAGGCGUCUGAAGACAUGUACAUUACGUUUCAAGAGUUUCGAGACUUUCUGAUCAUGCUACCGAGAAAGGCCACACCGUUCGAGAUAUAUAAAUUCUACCAAGUCAGGAAACGAUUCUCAGAUGGGAGGGGAGCAGCGAGAGUGGACAAGGAAGGUGAUCUCAACGUCUCGUUUCCCAAAAGUCAAGGGGACACACCAGCACCCAGCUCAGAUGAAUUUGCGGAUGAUUCUGAUGGGGCGCCGCAAGAGGACAGGCAUGAGGCUUGGAGGUUCUUGCUUGCAGGUGGAGAAGCGGGUGCCGUGUCCCGUUCGGUGACCGCUCCAUUCGACCGGCUCAAAGUUUAUCUGAUCACGACCGAGAACGCGAUGCCAUUCCAGCAACAUACCAAGAGCCCCCUCCUGCAUCCAUUUACUUCAACGUUCCGCGCUAUGACAAACCUGUGGGGCGCGGUAACUCGCAUAUACGUCGACGGAGGGGGUCUCAAGGCAUUCUGGGUGGGGAACGGGCUCAAUGUGACCAAAAUUUUCCCAGAAUCCGCCAUUAAAUUCGUCUCGUAUGAGCAGACUAAGAAGCUCUUGGCGAAGUAUUGGGACCAGGUCGGUGAUGUGUCGGAGAUCUCGUCGUCUUCUCGAUUCUUUGCCGGUGGAGUAGGCGGUAUCACAUCACAAUUCUCGAUCUACGGACUGGAAACGCUCAAAACAAGAAUACAGAGUGAAUUGGGUCCAGCUCAAGGUUGGCGAGCGGUCGUAUCUACAGCCAGGCAAAUGUGGGCUGCUGGAGGGAUCCGCGCGUUCUACCGAGGUUUGACGCUCGGUCUCGUCGGCGUUUUCCCCUACAGUGCCAUCGACAUGGGUACGUACGAGACGCUCAAGAAGGCCUAUUGUCGGUCGACUGGCAAGGACGAGCCCGAGGUCAUUGCAGUGCUCUCGUUUGGCGCACUGUCAGGGAGUAUAGGAGCAGCGAGUGUCUAUCCGAUCAACCUUCUGCGGACACGAUUACAAGCUUCGGGAUCCUCGGGUCAUCGUCAUCAGUACACUGGUUUCGUUGACGUGCUCCAAAGCACGCUGAAACGCGAAGGGCCGAGAGGACUGUACAAGGGUCUCUUACCGAGUAUCCUUAAAGUAGGACCGGCAGUGGGAGUCAGCUGGAUAGUUUACGAGGAUGCCAAGAGGCGUUUAGGAGUGGCUGGUGGAUGA